GAUUGAGGAGAGAGGGAAAGUCACGCGCUAGGCAAAUCCGAUACGUCUCUCCUUUGGUAGGUGUAAAUGCCCUACAUCCUUAUACUUUCUCCAAUCGAAUCCCAAAACGUAAAAAAUGCAGCAAAAUAUGCCCAACCGAACUCCAAACUCAAACUCAAAAUGAGUUUUUACCCAUUUUCUCUCUCCUCAAACCCCAUAUUUGCAUUUUUACUGUAGCAAACGCAUUUCUCUUUUUCAUCUAUCAAUUUAGUCCUUCAUUUUAUCAAAAUGCCUCAUUUGUAUUAAAUUUAUAUUCUCCUAUUUUGUAUAUCUUAUAUAUAUAUAUAUAUGUU